UUCUUAUCAUAUGGCGCUGACGGUAUAAAACUCCUCUGGCAUCACUCUGUUCUUGCAUGGCUACCAUGGCUUUUCACUGUCAGCACGUUGUUAUGGUCGAUGACCAGUUCCUCAAUACCCGCCACUCGCCCGACAGCCACUUCGCCAAUCCCGCUGCUCUAGCCGCUGCCCGCAGACAGUGGGCUCAGACUCGAGACAAUCCUCUGAACAAUGUACCUGUCUUUGGGCAGAAUCCCUACCGCAAUGUCUGGAAGGGAUAUAAGCGGCCUGAUCCUCGUGUUCAUUCGCUGCCGGGUCCGUCAGAACCAAUACCGGAGCUACCGGAGCUGCAGGUACAGUGUUCUGAAUUGACUUGGCUGGAAAAUCUCGGUGGCGAUUUUGAAGGAGAGCACAACUCCUGUGUUUAUAAAGUGCUCUAUCGCGGCCGUGCAUAUGUGCUGAAAGUUUAUCGGCGUUAUCCGCGUGCUGAGGACGAAUGGUCGAACGGUGUCGAUGGCCCUUCGCGGUUCGACAACGAGCGGAAAGCGUAUGCGAACCUCAUCCACUUCGGCGUUUGCGCAGACGGGUUCGCUCCCCGUUGCUUUGGCUGGUUCAGCCUUCAUGUUGACCCCAAAGCUAAGUGGCUGAGUCCCUUUGCGAACGACCCGGAGCCACCAAACGCCAUUCUCCUCGAAUUCCUUCCCGAAUCCGAGCAGAUGAACGUUAGGAAUAUAACCUAUGAGGUCGCGCAGAAUGCCAUGUUAGCAUUAGCCCGUGUGCAUGCUGCUGGCGUCUUGCACCGGGACAUAAACCCAAGAAACCACUUGGUGCUGCCCGAAGGGAGAGUUGUGAUUAUCGAUUUUGACACUGCCUUGUCGUGGCCAGACAAGCGGGUGAAUCGCUUGGAGCUGAAGUGGGAGAGCGAAUCCGCAUGGAAUCUAUACUUCCAGCUCAUGUUACCAGACAAACUCAUUGGGCUGGAUACAUCUCAGACGGCGUACUGAACUUAGUUCAGCUACCGCGUCGUCAUUUCGUAUCGUCAUCACAUAGAUACUGCAGGACAGACCGCUAUCAUAGAAUACAUCAUAAUUCUAUCCAAAGCCACACUACUGUAUUACAUUCCAUUAACGACGUCGAUGUCUACCGUGUCGUCUCGACGGUACGCGCUCG